AUGCCGCUCUUACUGCGCUUACCGCUGGAGCUGGUCAUCGUGGUGUAUCAUUAUUCGCAGGAAUCGCUGAUAUGGCGAUUUGCGGCUGCUGUAAGCACAGCAGAGAAGGUCUGUCGGUCGUCCGCGGAUCCGAGGAUGGAUCUGGAGCCAAGGCCACCGAGGGCGUUUAGUAUACAGGAAAUUGUAUCUUGGGAGAGGAAUGGGGAUGUGGUUAUUGCGGAGAAAGAAGGCGGCGUAUAUAAAGUGCCUCGUUUUUUGAAGAUCACUAUUGAUAGCUACGGCAUCAGCAGGAUAGAGAGACUGGAGACUGCGCCGGUUUAUCAGGGGGAACUGGUGACGGACAGGGCCUUCGUGGUGACGGACAUCGCUCAGAUAUCCGGAGUCGAGGCGAUCCUCAGAGACGGCCUCCUCCGUCUACGGGUCCCUCCGGCAUUCCAAAACUGCCUCUGGGUCUGGAACACCCCGGCACCCCCCGAACAACACCGCUGCCGCAUCUACCCCGAACACCUGCCCCUCUGGCAGCGCUUCCACGCCGUCGAGCUCAACCGCAUCACCGGCAUCACCUUCCUCUGGUGCAACGAGAUCUGGGCCAUCCACAUCCACACCCCCUCCUCGCCCUCCGCCUACCCGACCCUCCAGCGCCUAGGCGAAAAACGCGCCCGCCAUAUUAUUUGGACGUAUCUCCCGCUGCCAGAGAAUGAUCAUGUGGAUGUACUUGCUAUUAGGGAGAGGGAGGAUCGGCCUGGGGUGGCGAAUAUCCUGGUUCGGUCGCGGCUAGUAGGGGAUGUUGUACUAGGCGUGGAGCGCCGAAGAGGUGCGGUGGACCGAUGGCUUGCCAACGCUGGCCCAAUCUCCUUCUUCUAUGCCGAACCCCGCGAGGGGAGGCCCGUUCCCCUCCUGGGGGCGUACAUCCCCCCGCAGAGAAGCGCCAUGCCCUCUCCCAGGCCCUUCCCCAUCCCCGACAGGAUACAAGUCUACUUUCGCAGCAAACCGUUCUACUCUUGGGCCCCCCUUAUCAACGUCUCCUCCGCACAAGUCUUCCAUGACCCUGUGACGAUGACCUGUCGCGGUAUCCUGCUGCAUUACCAUAACGGCGGCGCCCGCGCGUUAGGUCAAUGUCGCGUGGGCGUGGACCCGUGCACUCACACCCGUCGUCCGCGCUCCGUCUGGUGGCAGACGUACUGGCUCCCCGACGGAAGCGGGAGCGUGGUAAGGGUACGAUUCGUUCCCGACGCUACGGGACUGAGGGAGAAUGAUGUGGGGCCGGGUUCGCAGCCUCCGCUAGGGCAGUGGAAGGGGUGGAAGUUUCGGAUCAUGGGAGAUCGGAUUCGGACUACUAAGCAGGAUGGGAGUAGUGAUGGGGAUGGGGAUGGGCCGACAGAAGAAAGGGAGAGGGAGAAGAUGCUGUAUAUGACGUUUUGGUUUUCGAGGACCGCGGCGUAUUGUGAGAUUUCGACGGAGCCGAGGCAGACGUUGCCGAGGGGGUUUUGGGAAGGGGUGCCUGAAUCACGGGAAGGGGAGGAGUGA